AUGUCUGAUUCUAUCGCCGAGGCUGCGCGGAAACACCCUGCGCCUGAGGGCUUGGUGUACACGUAUGGAACUGCUGGAUUUCGUACCAAGGCCAACGUCCUCGAUUCGGUCCUCACACGCGUCGGUCUCAUUGCAGCUCUUCGGUCGCGCGCGCUGAAGGGAAGAUGGAUUGGUGUUAUGAUCACGGCGUCUCACAAUCCUCCAGAGGACAAUGGAGUGAAGCUUGUUGAGCCGAUGGGCAACAUGCUGCAAGAGGAUUGGGAAGUCAUCAGCACCGAGAUGGCGAACCAAGCCACCCCCGAAGACGUCUCAAAGUACUACCACGACAUCGCGGCGAAGCACAACAUCGAUCUCAGCAUCCAGGCCCGCGUCGUCGUGGCCCGCGAUACAAGGGUUUCCGGAGCUAGGCUCCUGGGUUGUCUACAGGGCGGACUGGCAGCCGCUGGCGCUGAACAGAAAGACUACGGCUUUCUGACAACACCGCAGCUACACUACAUGGUCCGAUGCUUGAACACGGAAGGUACAAAGGAGGCAUACGGCGUGCCUACCGAGAAGGGCUACUACGAGAAAUUUGCCGCGGCCUUCAAAACUGCUCUCCGCGGAAAGAAGCCGGCUGGACAUCUUACCGUCGAUUGCGCCAACGGUGUUGGUGGACCGAAGCUGACAGAGUUGAUCAAGUACCUGCCAUCUAAGGAGGAGGGUCUCGAGAUCUUCGUCGUGAACGACAAUGUCAUCAAGCCUGAGAGCUUGAAUGUCGACUGUGGUGCGGAUUACGUCAAGACGAACCAGCGAGCCCCUCCAUCAUCGAAGACCGGACCGGGUGACCGAUGCUGCUCGCUCGAUGGUGACGCUGAUCGGGUUGUCUUUUAUUUCAAGGACGCACAGAAUGUGUUCCGCCUGCUUGACGGUGACCGAAUUGCAACACUCGUGGCUUCGUUCCUAGGAGAUCUUGUGCGCCAAUCUAACUUGGCAGGUUCGCUCAAGAUCGGAGUCGUGCAGACCGCAUACGCGAACGGCGCAGCAACAAACUAUGUUGAGCAGAAUCUGAAGCUCAAGGUUGAUUGCACACCCACAGGUGUCAAAUACCUUCACCACGCUGCCGAGAAGCUUGAUAUUGGCGUCUACUUCGAGGCAAACGGACACGGCACAGUCAUCUUCUCGCACGACACCCUUGAGACCAUUGAGAAGCACGAGCCCAGGACUCACGGCGAGAAGGAGGCCCUCGACGUUCUACGCGCGUGCAUCAACUUGAUCAACCAGUCUGUCGGCGAUGCGCUCUCUGACUUCCUUCUCGUGGAAGUCGUCCUCGCACACAAGCACUGGGGCCCGCAAGAAUGGCUCUCCACUUACACCGACCUUCCUAACCGUCUCCUCAAAGUCCUCGUCAACGACCGCAACAUCUUCAAGACUACCGAUGCGGAGCGUCGUCUCACCAGCCCCGAGGGCGUGCAAGCUCAGAUUGACAGGGAGGUGCAGAAGGUCCGCCAGGGCCGCUCCUUUGCGCGUGCCAGUGGCACAGAGGACGCCGUCCGUGUCUACGCCGAAGCCGCGACCAAGGCCGAGGCCGAGGACCUCGCGAGGAAGGUGGCGGAGAUUGUCAAGACCGCUGGAGGCGCAUAG